AUGCACCUACGCAAGGCGAAGCUGAUGUUCUUCUGGGUGCGGUACCCAAGCUCCGCGGUCCUCAAGAUGUACUUCCCAGACAUCAAGUUCAACAAGAACAACACUGCCCAGCUCGUCAAGUGGUUCUCAAACUUUAGAGAGUUCUACUACAUCCAGAUGGAGAAGUACGCGCGGCAAGCCAUCAGCGAAGGUCUGAAGACGGCUGAUGACCUCCACGUGGCUGGGGAUUCCGAACUCUAUAGGGUCCUCAACUUGCAUUACAAUAGAAAUAACCACAUUGAGGUUCCACCAAACUUCAGAUAUGUGGUAGAGCAGACGCUCCGCGAAUUUUUCCGCGCCAUCCAGGGCGGAAAAGACGCCGAGCAGAGCUGGAAGAAGUCCAUCUACAAGGUCAUCUCACGGCUAGAUGACCCUGUACCGGAGUACUUCAAGUCACCAAAUUUCCUGGAACAGCUGGAGUGA